UUUCAAACACCCAGCCCAGUAUCCAGUUGUCCCAACCCGCCACCAAGAGGAUUAGCAUUAUCUGCGCCUCUCACCCCCCAAUUGGACUCUUCUUUCGCAACUUGGGAACUGCCAGUCUUGUUCUCUUUCUUUUUGCAACAACUAGUCUUUUCCGGCUACCCGACACAUAUUUAAAAGACAAUGGCUCCCUUCACUCCUCGUGGCGGCGGUGGUCGCGGCGGCGGUCGUGGUGGUUUCGGCGGCGGACGUGGUGGUGGUGACCGUGGUGGCUUCGGCGGCCGUGGUGGUGGCCGUGGAGGCUUCGGUGGUGACCGUGGCCGCGGCGGUUUCGGUGGACGUGGUGGUGGUCGUGGCGGUGGUCGCGGUGGUCCUGGCGGCGGCCGUGGCCGUGGAGGUGUCUCCAAGGGCGGCAGAGGCGGCCGUGGUGGUGCUGCUGGCGGUCAGAAGGGAGGUCAGAAGGUCAUCGUGGAGCCCCACCGUCACGAGGGUGUCUUCGUUGUCCGUGGCAAGGAGGACGCCAUCGCAACCCGCAACAUUGUCCCCGGCGAGUCUGUCUACGGCGAGAAGCGCGUCUCUGUCGACAACCAAACCCAGAACGAGGACGGCACCACCACAACCACCAAGAUCGAGUACCGCGUGUGGAACCCCUUCCGCUCCAAGUUGGCCGCCGCCGUCAUCGGUGGUCUCGAGAAGCUCUACUUCGGCCCCGGCUCCAAGGUCCUCUACCUCGGUGGUGCCUCCGGUACCUCAGUCUCCCACGUCGCCGAUAUCGUCGGUCCUACCGGCUUCGUCUACGCUGUCGAGUUCUCCCCCCGUUCCGGCCGUGAUCUGAUCGGCAUGGCCGCCAAGCGCACCAACGUCGUCCCCAUUGUUGAGGACGCCCGUCAACCCCUCAAGUACCGCAUGCUCAUGCCCAUGGUCGACUGCAUCUUCGCCGAUGUUGCCCAGCCCGACCAGGCCCGUAUCGUCGCCAUGAACGCCCACCAGUUCCUCAAGGUCGGCGGUGGUAUCCUCAUCUCCAUCAAGGCCAACUGUAUCGACAGUACCGCCCCCGCUCACAAGGUCUUCGCCAUGGAGGUCGAGAAGCUGAGAGGAGAGCGCAUCACUCCCAAGGAGCAGCUUACGCUAGAGCCCUUCGAGCGUGAUCACUGCCUCGUCGCUGCCGAGUACUCGCGCUACGCGAAAUAAAUGUGAAAAAGAAACGGGAGAAAAAAGUAUUGUAUGCGUUGCGUAAAGAAGAGUGGUGGGUGAGCGGUUGAAUCUGUACAUUUGCGAGAUUCCCACGAGAUUUGACUUUUGCUUCAAUGGGUACGGUCGGUCGGACUUCAUCUGGACAGGCGUUAGGAAUUUAGGACUGGUCUAGUUCAAAACUUGCAUGUUAACCCAUAUAGGUAUUCAAAAAGUCCCUCGCGGUGAAAAUGACAUGUUUAAUGGGCUUAUAGACUUGAAUAGGAG